AUGGAGUGCAGGAAUAGGACCGGUGCAACAUGGAGCACCGAAGACACCAGAUCAUACGUGCAAGUCGCUCUCAGAAACGAUCAGUUUGGACGGAAUUUAUAUGAAAGUAAAGUUGAGCACCGAGGCUGUGCUUGGCGGUAACUUUGCACAGAACUAAUGCUGCAUUCCAGUUGUACUCAGAAGUUGGAAUUUCCAAGCACCGAGUCGGAAAUCCACCUGGAACGCCCCCCUGAAGUCGGGUUUCCGACUCGAAAAGUCGGACGAUCCUCACCAACCCCGACGUGACGAUAACGUCAUAUUCCAAGAUGUUGUGCUGCUCGCCAUCUGGUAUCGCUAACAACUAACAACGGCGUACAACAGCUGACAACCGCUAAUGACAGCUGACAGUUGUAUACAACAGCUAACAACAACUAUCAGUAGGCGUCCAUCUUGGUUUUCCGACUUGUCAACUGCAACGCCGUCAACUCCGGUGUAACGCCAUUCCCAGCUCCGAUAUCCGAGGGAACUGGAACGCAUCAUAACCCUUAAAUUUACAUCUCUGAUUUUGUUUGCUUGUCCUGCAGGAAAACAAAGAACAGAUGUAUUUUUGCAACAACACGCCCACUUUCUCUCCGUCUCUGCGUUUAUUUCUGCAGUUCGGUGGCUCGAAAAUGAUGCAUUCUGACAUUUCUCUUUGUGUUUAUUUUUGAAAACUCUGCCACAGCUCGGCCCGUCUCUCCGUCUGUCAGAUUUAUUAAAAUGCUCAGAAGCAGAGCUCUGACCUUUAGUACGUGGACUGUAUCAGAUCCCUUACGACGCAGACACACACACACACACACACACACACACACACACACAGAAAGUGUUGGUAAGUAAAGGCUGUCAGGCUUCACACAGAGGCAGAGAGAGAAGCAGCACACAGAUGUUGAACAAUGAGCAGAAAUUAAACUUUUAUCUCAGCGACUGUUUUUCUCUCACAGAUGAGAUAGAUGCUGCAUGAGUCCCUGCAGAAACAGAGUUAUCACUCCUCUGUUGAAAUGAGGAAGAAUUAUAGUGACAUGAUUUGUAUUUUUUAAGUUAUUUUCUGGCCUUAAACUCAAAUUUCUUAACAACAGAAAAUACAAAAAAAACAAGAAAUGUCUGAAAACUGAGAGGGAAGUCAAGAUAACAGAAACAGUCACAAUUCUUAGGGCCUGUUUCCACUUACAGCAAUUUCAGAGUGUUGCACUUCUACUUUGUUGAAUGCUCCUAUUGCUCCUAUAUGCUCCUAUUAAAAUUAUGGCACUUGUCGUGUUAAGGUCCUUUUACACCAGGAGCGUUUUUGUCAUGCUAUUAUUUCGGACGUCAAUAUUUUUUUUCGAACCUGUAUCCUGUCAAUACAAGCGUUCACGUUUUCCCGUCCUGUGAUAUUGCAGUAUUUAUUUUUCGGAUCACAGUCGAUUUUUCUAAACUUUCGCAUACUGUGUGUCCACUUCUGACCAAUCAGAUUUCAUGUUGUUGCGACGUCAGAUUCACCGGUAUAUCCAACAUGGCCGACCAGCUGUUUGUUUACGUGUCGGAGAACAGACAUUACAAAGAUAACGACCUGAAGGACAACUUGUCGGAUUUCUUAUAUGACGAUGGUUUGUGUUCUUUAACAGUUUGAUAAACGUCUUUGUUUUAACUUUCAUCUGUGCUAAGUAACUUUAGCUCGUAAGCUAACCUGUUCAGAUACAACAUACCAUAUGUAUUUUCACUGUAAACUCAAACUCAAUCACAGCGUUACUGUCACAGCACCAUCAGGUCUCGGUUGUUACCUUACGUUUAUGGAUUAUAGUUUAAUGUUCUUAUCUGGUACUGGCCCCGACUCAGUACAUGCUAUCAUGACAGACAGACAUCUCAACACUAGAGUCUAAUCAGAACUGAAAAAUACUCAGUCUGCUGUUGCGUCUUUUCCCCCCGGAAAGUUGCAAAAUCACAUCGCGCCUGAUGUGUAUAGUCAGACAUGUCAGAAUUCGCCUCCGAAUAUUUCGUAAUAUUCGCGUCGGCCCCGGUGUGUAAGGACCUUUCGGGUCGCUGUUGACCCGGUUAGAUUAAUAUCUAAUUAUUAAUUCCCUGAACAAAAAACGUCAAGCUUGUCCAAACAUGUGAGAUCAACUCAGUAUAGAUGUCUGUAUGGGGGGUUACACUGACAAAGAAAGACCCAGAGGCCGAGUACAAAAAUAAUAUAAUCAAUAUUUUCAUGGAUGAUGAAGUCGAACAAGAAAAUCUAGAGAUGAGAACCAAACUGGAUGACAGAGAAAUGUUUUUAAUUUAAUUUACAGCUGAUUUAAGACACGGGUUAAAACUGACCCUCAACAUGGUGGGUGUGUAGUAAAAUGUAACACAGGAGGAAGGUUAAACUGGACAGUCUUGUUCCAGGUUAAAGGUGAUCAUGAUUUCUUUGGUGGAUCAUCCUCCAGUAGACCAUACAGUUCGUUUAAGGUCGACCAAAUCUUUUCCUUCCUCUUGUUUCAGUCAGGACACGUUAAGAUAUUCGGUCAUCCUCCUCCCCUCCUAUCUAAACGAUCUUCAUGCGUCCCAUUCUGUCGUUCGCUCAGCUUCAGUUUUUUCCUCUGCCUUCGAUGUGACGGUCCUUUGAAGCUCGAGUGAGGAACUGUGCGAGAACCAGUUUCAAAGCGUCCGUGUCAUUUAGCUUGCUGACUGCGAGCAGAUCCUUACCCAGCAUCCUUCUCUCUCCAUUUUCAAAGCCAGGCGUUGUGGGGGAGGAUCAGAGAGCGACAGAGAGAGAGAGAGAGAGAGAGAAGGGGAGGGAGGGAGAGGGCUGGAUGGAAACGAGGCUUUGUGGAAGAUCAGUCAGAUCCUCCUGACGCGUGGAUACUCUCCAUCGAGGGGCCUUCAGGCCAAAUGUGCGCAAUCUGCCAGCAUCUCUGCUCGGCUGCUGUCAGAGAGGAUCUGUUAGCAUGUUUGUCACCAGACGUUGGUGUGACGGUAAUCAGACAUGUUCGAGACUCGGGGGACGAAGAAGACAAUCCAAUGUAACACUUCAGAGAUGACAAUUUGGUAUAUUUCAUUGGUGUUGCUUUUAGGAUCAACGGAGGAGUCUCUGGUGCUUCACAGGUCCUGAGGUAAAGAGUCUAAACCUCAGAAACAGACCGAGGACCGAAAAUAAGACCACCGCUGUCUGAAAGGUGUGGAGCGCCGUAUUUUAAAGCCACUUAUCGAUCACCUCGAGGGGACGUCCUGAAAUGAACUCGCAGUAUUAGGUAAAGGAAGUCUCUAAUUUCCUAAAGUGCCAUUAAGCGGUAAUGAAAGAGUGUUCAUUAAUGUUAGAGGGAUGAGGAGCCGAGACGCCGGUUUAUUAAAGAGAGACCGACAGUAAAGAGGUAAAGAUGAUUACGGCGGUUUAGGAAGGAGGGAACUUGACAGUCUGAUGUAAAGUCAACAUCAACAUCCAAUCAGAUUAAGGGAUUUACACGACAAAUCGAUGAAAAAAUCACGUUCUUCAUCCGCUUACUCGUUCCGGGUCAGCGGAAUUAAAGAAGCAUCUUUUUGUAUCUCCAAAAUCUUUUAAUAUCAGUCAACAGUUAUUAGUCAUUGAUGACAUUUGGUAAUAUAACGAUAUCUCUGCGUUCUCUUAUGUCUGUGUCUGUUUUGAGCGGUCCGCUCUUUCUGACUGUAAACAAAGCCGUUCUCCACCUCCUCGACCUGAUUGGUUGUGAGGCACGUUCCACAUCCUUGAAUAACGUGAAUGAGUCCAAACAAAGUUAGCGUGCUACAAUAUCGGAGAGUAGAAACCAACCAGAAAGUUCGCAAAAUUGUCUGAAUCCUCCUUUGACCACGACUGCCGACACGAGCAAGAAAACAAAGUAAAUACCGGAGACUCUGGAGGAAUAACGGGCGCUUAAAACGGAGGUAGAAUAUCGUGAUAAUUCAAGAUUAUUUGAGCAUCACUUCUUAUUCUUAUGUUUUCAGUUGUUUGAUUUAAAAAUGACGUCUAAGAGUGAAAAACGACCAAUAAGUGAUGUUAGUUUGAAGCGUUAUGUAAAGACUUAUGUUUUUCCACCAUGUGGCGCUGCGUAAUUUGAACCAUUAACAUUUUGAAACUAGCGAACGUCUCUUGUUGAACAGCUGAAGCUCAGAGGAAGAGUUGGUUCGAACUCUUACACCUACGUCAGCGUUCACCAAAUUGCUGCCCGUGUAAAAGUAUAAAUGGAAAUUAUUUAAAACUGUUCGUCUAAAAAAGGAACAAAUAAUGCCGUUAUAUCGCCUUCUUCACCAUUCAUUUAUUCUCUGCUGUUUAUCUAAACGUGCGAAUGCUGUUGCUUCCCCUUUACAACUGUUUUGGCUUUUAUUCUGAAAAUCCAAACAUGCUACAUCCGUCUGAAAUAUGAAGAUUACAGCUUUGUGAAAGAGUAAAACAAAUACGCCACAGGAUUUCUUGACCAGGAGAUUAAAUUUUUUGGCUGGAAAUGGUAAAAUAAAACCGUAGAUGAUACCUUGAAUGCUAUUUAAGUCAUUUACAGUCGACCAUUUCCUGUUUGUAGACUCAAUUUACAAUUCCUGUAGUUUUUCGUGGCUUUUAAAAUCCAGAGGUAACGCUGUUUAGUGAACAAGACUUCUUUGGGAAUAUUUCAGCUGAUUUUACUCAUCAAGCUCUCCGUCUGCGCAGAGCUUCGACUCGCCUCUUUACACUGUUCCUGUAUCGUCUUUAAAACACAACAGUAUAAACACAUCAUGAAUCCCAAAGAUGAGAAACAAACAGGGAUUUAAUAUUGAACACACAAAUAGAAAAACCUCCUAAACCAAGAAUGAACGUUAUAAUCAACAUGCAGUGAAUCUGCCUGCAGGCCGGCCCAGUUUAGAGUAAAAUAAGACCAUGUGAAAGUCGUGUUGAAGCGUCUUUACUGUGUUUUUUAGCCUCCUCCUGCAGUCACUGAGGCGUGCGGGCAUUCGUGAAAUAUUCAGAGUUUCCCAUGAUCUCCCUCAUGUUUCCCGGCUCUCCCUCGUUCUUGCGUAAUCUUACAUAAUGUGUUGAAUAUUUAAAGCGGGUUUAGUGGAGCGCUCGUCGCCCACCGAAGGAACGAGGACGAUGGUCGGAGUCACUGGAGAGGAAAGGGAACGGUGGUUGAAAAAGAUGAGGAGAGAUGGCUGAGGGAGGUAAUUAAAGGAUGUGUCGUCCAGGAUCUGAGGACGCACGCACACCAGAGCGCCAAAUACUCACCAAAACGCCGCCUGCUGAUGAAACCUGGUGGAAAUGUGGAGGGAAGUACACCACACUGCAGCAAUAUCUAUGUUUGAGUAUUUAAAAGUCUACCUGCAGAUCGGUAAAGGUUUUUUAGGGAAACUAAAUCAGCUGGAACAUGACUUUUCUGGCUCUGGGAAAUUUUAACAAGAUUUUUGGACGUUUUUAAAAAUUUGAACCAUAUUAAACCAGAAAAAAUGAUCUUCAGACAAAGUCUCAGCAUUUUGUUGCUCUUUUUUAAACAACAGUCUGUCUUUUUCAUUCUCUAGAUCCUUAUUUCCAUGUUUAAUUUUCCUCUCAGUGUAAAUGUGGGAGUUUUUCCACAGGUCUCAGAAGUUAAAGGGAUAUUCUGGCGUAAAUUAAUUUAGGGUCAAACACACCGUAACAUUGAGAGUUAGACACCCCCUCGAGAGAUGAAUGUUGCCGACCACUUGCUUCUCUAUUUAAACCAACUUUAGUAACGACCGCAGGAUAGCAAUACAGAGAGGUCAAACAAACCUCAACCAAAACGCCACAAAUAAUGUUCAGAACAGCACCUAACUUCAUCAACAGGACAUAUAGGGUCACAGCCAUAUUACUAGACACCAAACACCUUUUUAACUUUGACUCAUUUCUUUAGCAAAGAGACUAAACACAACUCACCUACUCUUGUUUAUGGUCCAUUAUGGACUACAGCGGAGUGAUGCAGCUCAAAGAAGAACAUUUAUGAUUAUUUCUUCAUGGAAAUACAAUCAGACCAAGACACUAAAGCAGGAGAACUACCACGUCUACAGAGCAAAAUAAUUAAUAUGAUGUGAAAAAGGCUGGUUCUGUGGUUGGAUUCAAGCUGGACUCAGUGGAGGAUGUGGUGGAGAGAUCUACACUGAGGAAGGUGGAGACUAUUCUAAAGAACAUGGAUCACCCACUACACAACACCUUAACGGACCAAAGGGCCAAUGGUGGUGGAUGGCUCCUCUCUCUUUACUGCAGAACAUAAAGAUUCAGAAGAUCUUUUGUACCAACAGACAUCAGACUUUACGACUCUUCUGUAAAUAGUAAAUGACUUUAAGAGACACGACAAAGGAGACGACAGACAAUUGAAUUUCCCUUCAGGGAUUAAUAAAGUCGUUCUUAUUUUUAUUACUUCAAGGAAAUGAUAAAGUAAUGAUCAUAAAUGUUCUUCCUUGAGCUGCGUCACCCCGCUGUAGUCUGUAAUGGACUGGCCUGAGGCCUCGCUACAGACAAGCGUCUGCUGGAAGACAGUAGGUGAGUUGUAUUUAGUCUCUUUGUUAAAGAAAUUAGUCAAAGAUAUUUGGUGUCUAGUACUAUGACUGUGACCCUAUAUGUCCUGUUGAUGAAGUUAGGUGCUGUUCUGAACAUUAUUUGUGGCUAUAAAGUGGCGUUUUGGUUGAGCGCCUGACUCUCUGUAUUGCUAUCCUGCAGUCAUUACUAAAGUUGGUAUAACUAGAGAAGUAAGCGGUCGGCAACAUUCAUCUCUCGACAACCUAAAUCUGAAGACAACUGUUGCCAAAAUUGACAUAAAAUAAUGUUUAGAAAGCGUAGGUUAGCUUGGCCAAAAGAUGCAAAAAAGUCAUGUAAAUGAGGCUGUGAACUUUAAAAUGGAGUAAUUCAUGGCCUCUUUCAGAAUUUUUAGGAUACAUAAUAAAAGUUUUAAGAUAAAAAUGAAGAAAAAUCAGAUUUAAUGGAGUUCAGACAUUCAUGGAUGACUCUACACUCUGGGUUACCAAAGGCCUCCGAACAUCAACGUUUACACAAGUGGACUGAAUCCUGGCUCCUGAUUAAAGCAGCGUCUGUGUCUAAAUAACAGAAUUAACAAUCGCUUUAAUUGCUCCCGAGAGCCUCCAUGUGACGAGGAGUCAUCGUUCACGGCCCACGACAAAGAACCCGAAGCCACCGCCGCUGAAACAAAAAGCAGAGGCUGAAAAUAACUUGGAUACCUGCUUUGAUGUCCAACACAUAACAACCCCAUUGAGAAAUCAGAGGAAAAAACUCCAUGAAGAACCCGAGCAUCAGCCCACCGCCUCUCUCGGCCGCCUCAUUGGAGCGGCGGCUUCCUGCUUCGCGCCGAUUGGCUGUGGAGGCGGCAACCGUGCCGACUCUCGCCUAGCAACAGGCAUGAGUGCAGCCACCGCAGAGCACCCCUCCUCCUACCUCUCCUCUGUGUGGGGGAGCAGCUGA